GGCCGCGGUUGGGUUGCGCUCCAAAGAAGGCGUCAGUGAGUGUGGAUUGGAUACUGUUCUUCUCUUCUUCCACGAUCAUCAGAUUAAUGGCGAUGAUGAAGAACUAGGGUUUUGUUUCUGUUCUUCCUCCGCCCCCGAUUUCCAAUUUCUAGGGCUUCCAUUUCCCCUGCUUCUCUCUGCUGUCAUAUCUCUCAAUUCCGUCCCAUUUCCACCACGCUCCCAUUGCUCCCUCUCUCAUGGCCAAAACCAGACCGCCCAAGAAAGACUUGGACUCCUACACCAUCAGAGGCACCAACAAGGUCGUUAGAGCUGGAGAUUGCGUGCUGAUGCGCCCAUCGGAAACGAGUAGGCUCCCCUAUGUAGCGCGCAUCGAGAAGAUCGAAGGUGAUAACCGGAACAACGUUAAGGUUCGAGUGCGGUGGUACUACCGACCGGAGGAGUCGAUUGGGGGCCGGAGGCAGUUCCAUGGAGCCAAGGAGCUCUUCUUGUCUGACCACUACGACGUGCAGAGUGCUCACACCAUUGAAGGGAAGUGCAUUGUGCACUCGUUCAAGAACUACACUAAGCUUGACAAUGUGGGUGCUGAGGAUUAUUAUUGUAGAUUUGAGUACAAGGCUGCUACUGGGGCUUUCACGCCGGACAGAGUUGCUGUCUAUUGCAAAUGUGAGAUGCCUUACAACCCGGACGACCUCAUGGUGCAGUGCGAGGUCUGCAAGGAUUGGUAUCAUCCUGCUUGCGUAAGCAUGACGAUCGAGGAAGCAAAAAAAUUGGACCAUUUUGUGUGUUCUGAAUGUGGACCUGAUGCUGACAUCAAGAAAAAUGAGAAUACGUUUUCAGCAUCACCGGUGGCGGAUGGGAAGCUCGAGCCAAAGCGACGGAAGCGAUGAUUGUCGGCAUUCUUUGUCAGAUUCAACCAUGGCAGGAGGUUCAAUUUCAAUUGAUAUUUAUGGUAGAAUGUGUAUAGCAUAGCUUGGACUUUUCUGUGUAAAACUUUAGUUUAGUGACUGAAGUUAUAUGUAUGUGUGUAUGAUGUAGUAGUUAGUACUCAGUAGUAGGACUUUAGGGAGUUUGUCAAGAACAAUUCAGGCUGGUCUUGAAUCCUUUGGCUAAACUCUCCUGAUUCUGUUUAGAAAUUUUUGGCCCGUUUAAUAACAUUUAUAUUUCUUGUUUUU